AUGCUGAAAAAAUCAGGACAUGGUGGAAGUGAUGGCGUCCAUGGAUACAUGUAUUCCCUUGAUGCUGCAGUCAAUGACUUGGUGCAUUAUAAAUUUGAGCUCAUGGAUGAGACAUUAUUCCUUAUGGUUAACAUUAUAGACAGAUUCUUAGCCCACCAAACUGUGGAACGAAAGAAACUUCAGUUGGUCGGAAUUACAGCCAUGCUUUUAGCAUGCAAGUAUGAGGAAGUUUCAGUACCGGUUGUAGAUGAUCUUAUUCUAAUUUCUGACAAGGCUUAUACAAGGAAGCAAGUUCUUUCUAUGCUUGAGCUUCUCUCCUUUUUCUUGAUCGAGCUAUCCUUGGUUGAUCAUGACAUGCUUAGGUUACCACCAUCUCUGUUAGCUGCUGCAGCCAUCUACACUGCUCAGUUUACUCUUAACAGGACUAUACAUUGGAGUAAGACCACAGAGUGGCAUUCAUAUUACUCAAAAGAUCAAUUAAACAACCUACUGACUGGGGUGUUGAAGGAGACGGCAGGGGGAAUUGAUAAUGGGUCUUUCUGUUCUCCACCUGGUGGUGGGAGAGAUGGUGCUAGUGGUGGUGGUCAUUCUGGGUCUGAUUUGGGAAAUAGGUCUUCGUCUAAAAGUUUUAUAUCAGCAUCUAUUGAUUCUUCAGGGAAAGUAGGAAGUAGUAAAUCCAAGUUUAACUUUGACACAGUUGAAGAUUUGAGAUAG